AUGCUAUUCCGAAGUUACGAGAAUAGGCCAAUGCCUGAUGACUUAUGUUGUAGUGAAGGAACUUAUGUCCCACCUAAUCCCAUACCGUCUAGUGCAGCGAGGAAAAGUCCAUAUCCGCAGCGCCCUGUGUCCGACAUGGAGUGGAUGUUUCAGAAGUUAUCUCUUGACACGCUGAUGUUUAUAUUCUAUUAUCGUCCUGGCACAUACGCUCAGUACCUUGCGGCCCGAGAGCUCAAGCGGAUGAGCUGGAGGUUCCAUAGCAGAUAUGGCACGUGGUUCAAACGUCACAGUGAGCCGUCCGUGGUAAACCCCAAAUAUGAGUAUGGCACUUAUGUAUAUUUCGAUUGUUAUGCUGAUGAAUGGGCCCAGAAGAUCAAGAAGGACUUCCAGUUUGACUACUGUCAUCUCGAGGAUGAGCUCCCGGUGGCGGCUCGAAGGGAAGAAAAUCGUCAUUGA